AUGAGAACAGGAAAAGAGAGUGAACGUGUCACGUGCUUCCCACGUGUCUGCGAUGCCACUCUGCGUGGUGCGGGGGCCGAUCCAACGCGUGCGCGCAGCCUCGAGUGCAGCUCCCUUCCCGUCUCCAGGCGCUGCACCAAGGAAACGGCCCGAGAGCCGGAGCCGGCUGUGUGGAACGAAAGAGACCGCGAACUGGGUCAGCGACGCGAGCGCUGCCGGCAGCGCACGGCAGCCGCUGCAACCGCGGUCGCCGCGGAGGCUCUGCGGCAAGGCGCGCGGCAGUUGUCAGCGGGCCGCCGACAGCUGACGGCGCACAGCAGCUCCGCUCCCCGGCCGCUCAGCGCUCGCUCCGCACGCGCAGGAUCUGUACGCCACUUGACCUGUACCUUCCCCCUUCAGAUCGUCUUCCUCUCGGACUCUUUCGCCUCCCAGUUUACAUUGGCAGACUCCAGCAACAUGUUGGACGCGCAGUCGCAACUGAAGGCGCACGCGCAAACGGCGCGCAGCUGGUGGCGGCGUUCCACGCAUGCGCGGAAUCCGGGGGCGCAUGCGCGUGGCGGCGCUGUCAGCGGCAGCUGGUGGCGCGUCUGGAGGCUGGCCGACGCGCUGCUUCACAACGGCUGCUGACUCCUCAGCAGUCAGCAGUCAGCCACCGCAGCCGCCACAGUCUCAGGGCAACCUGUCAGCUCCGCGCCCCCCUCAGCUAACUAGCCACUCUUCCUACUUUCUCUCCUCGCCAGCGUCGCGAAUAUCGCCGCUGGCUAGACGGAAACGUACUGUAGUCCGGGAAGUCCAGUCCACUUUCAUCCUUUGUUACCGACACAGUUCUGCCUUUCAACAUUGUACUGCUCUCGGAUUACACUCCGAGAGACACUGGAGAUUAUUGACAAAUAAGUAUUCAUAGGACAUUAGCUUGAACAGGCUGCGAUUAAAACGGUAUACUCUCUCAUAGUUCAGUUCAUAGAGAGAGAGACACUAAACUAUUUGCCUAUAAGGCACUAAUAUCACUCUAAUUAAAUAACUUGAAGAAAUCCAAUUUUAAAAUAUAGCUCUCCUGUUAGCUAUAACUAAAUUGCCGAUUAGUCAAAGGUAAAAGAAUGCCGUAACUAAUUCUUCCAUAUAGUUUUGUCGAGAGUUACGAAAGGCCUCGUGGAAGUUUUUAGAAAAAAGUAUUUAAUUCUUUUUCGUAUUCACUAUUGUCGGCCUUUCGCAGUGAGUUUCUUAGUAGUAUAAUUUUUUGAAAAGAGAGAAAGAAUUCACUUGUUCCAGAGGGCGAUACUUGUAACAUUGUGAUAGAUUUAUUGUAAUAUAUACAGCAGAUCUAUAUGUACAUAAUACAGAUGUUAGAUUAUUUUAGCUUUUUAAA